UGCACGCAACAAAUGCGAAAUGAUGUUAAAAAUAUUCAACGUAAUAAUCUUAGUGUAUGUGCUUCGAAUGUACUUAGUGAAUUGCCAUUCAGACAACACGGUGGCUUUAAAUGGAUCGAGUACUAUUCGUCACAAGCGAACGUUGAAUUUCUAUUUUCCUCACAACAGUUGCUAUGCGCUGGCCGUCGUUUUGUCACUACCUCUAAAUGACUUGCCUGUAGGUAGAUCAGUCUUCGUUGCCUAUAAUUUCGAAACAAACUUCUACUAUCCCUAUUUUGACAGUGCAGCUGGGAUCGUACCAUUGCCAUUUACUUGGAUCGAUGAACCUGGAGCGAAUGCUGGAACCAAGCAUAGAAUUGAUUUACCGCCUGCUUCUAGACAGCUAAAUGAUGCUGAUGAAGGUAUAGAUAAAAAAUUGGUUACUGGAACCGUUGAUGAAAAUUUGGCGAGAGAAACUAUUGUUGGGAAAUUGGUGAAAGGAGAGAUAGACUUAGUUCAAUCUUCAAAUGUUACCACGAAGCACCUACAACAUGAAAUUAAAGUGACCAAAGAGAAAAUUAAGUCGUUGAAGAAGACAACGAAAACGCAUGUUAAGAACACGAAGAAAACUCAUAGAAAAAACCGUAGCCUCUUGCAAAAUUAUUUCAUGUCGCGUAGGCGAUUUUUUAAAUUAAUGGAGAGUAAACUGGACAGAUCCGGACUGCAAGGGAAUGUCUGCCUUUUAAAAGCCAUUUGCGAAACUGCACAAACAGCUUUCGGAUCAAACAACGGCAUUAUUGGAAGUGUCAUCGACGUACUAUUCUUACCGUCUGCAUCGAAGGAUGAGAAACUACCCAAGAGAUACUACCAAGCGGAGAAUGAUGGACGGUCAGGAAAGUGCGAUUCAUAUAAUAAAAAAUGUCCGAAGGGUAUAUUCGACUUUAUAUCAAAGAUAAUAUAAAAAAUCUGUUUCAUUUUGACGACCUACUUUCGUACUUCUUACGCCUACAUACAUUGUAGAUUGUGAAUGUAACAAGUA